GCUAAGUGAUCUGUUCAAAGAGUGACAUUUAUUUAUGAGUAACUUAGCUUGUACAACGCCUGAUGUUGGAUGCGUUUCCAGCAGGUGACGCGGUAUGACUCUGCCUGUAAUCAUCCUCGUCCUCUCAGGGAGAUAAUAGUAGGAUGAUCAAGGCUCUCGUGAAUUAUGUCAGUCACUCAAGUUUACUGGGAUCACCAUAUACCCUUGCCAAAGCUUGCUCCAGUCCAGGCCAAGGUGGCCGUGGCUCUGGUGGCGCUCCUGUGCUUCAUGAACAGCUACGAUGGAGAGUUUGUGUUUGACGAUUCUGAAGCAAUUGUCAACAACAAGGACCUGAAACCAACAACCCCCCUGAGCAACAUCUGGAGCAAUGACUUUUGGGGAAGCAAUCUGAGUAGCAACUCUAGUCACAAAUCUUAUCGACCGCUCACUGUUCUGACAUUUAGAUUAAACUACCUCUUAGCUGGAGGCCUGCACCCCAUUGGCUUCCAUGUACUAAACAUCAUCCUCCAUGCUGUCAUAUCUGUCCUUAUGAUUGACAUGUUUUCCAUACUCAUCGGUGGACUGGAUUAUGAUGACAAGGGGCGGACAUUGAAUCAUGCUCCAAAGACCUCUCUGCUUGCUGCCAUCUUUUUUGCUGCACACCCAAUUCACACAGAAAGUGUGGCAGGAAUUGUGGGCCGAGCCGACCUUCUGUGCACGCUGUUCUUUCAGUUCUCUUUCCUCACUUACUGUAGAGCUUUUAACAAAGGAAGUGACAGCUUCUCUUUAAAAUGGGUUGUGAUCAGCCUUGCAUUGUGUGCUGUAGCAAUGCUUUGUAAAGAACAAGGCAUCACCGUUCUGGGCAUAAAUGCAGCCUUUGAUGUCCUCCUCAUUUGUAACGUUAACGUGUAUGAACUUUGCCAGCGGCUAAUCUUUAGGAAAAAUCCACUUAAUUUAAAGGAGAUGCUGAGAAUGGGUUUGCUGACACGAUUGGCCCUUAUGAGUCUUGGAGGUCUCUCCAUGCUCUAUGCACGCUGGAGGAUCAUGGGUACUGGACCACCAGCAUUCACAGAAGUUGACAACCCUGCCUCUUUUGAAGAAAACGUCUUUAUUAGAAAGUUGCUGUACGUUAUGGUGCUUGCACUGCUGAGUGUGCAUGUAGUCCGAUGUGCCCUUCGCAGUCACCAGUGGAGGUCUGAACAAAGCCUAUUCGUCAGUGCCCUGUCUGUCUGUCCACUCAAUGCCAAGGUGCAUUAUAAUGUAGGGAAGAACUUGGCUGAUAGAGGGAACAGUACUGCUGCUGUCAGAUAUUACAGAGAGGCAGUCAGGCUACAUCCAACUUAUGUUCAUGCAAUGAACAACUUAGGGAACAUCCUGAAGGAGAGGAAUGAACUCAUUGAGGCAGAACAGCUGUUGUCUAAAGCUGUUUCCAUUCAAUCUGACUUUGCUGCAGCUUGGAUGAAUCUUGGUAUAGUUCAGAACAGCCUCAGAAAGUUUGAGGAGGCAGAGCAGAGCUACCGAAAUGCUAUCCGCUUCCGUAGAAAAUACCCAGACUGUUACUACAACCUGGGACGCUUGUAUGCUGACCAAAACAGACAUAUAGAUGCCCUGAAUGCUUGGAGAAAUGCAACUGUUCUAAAACCUGACCACAGCCUGGCUUGGAACAAUAUGGUCAUUCUGCUGGACAAUACAGGUAACCUGGGUCAAGCAGAGCUAAUUGGCCGAGAGGCCUUGAAGCUCCUCCCUGAUGAUCACACCAUCAUGUUUUCAUUGGCAAACGUGUUGGGGAAAUUACAGAAAUACAAGGAGUCAGAGGGCUUUUUUCUUCAUGCCCUUCGGAUCAACCCAAAUGCUGCUAGUUGCCAUGGCAAUUUAGCUGUGUUGUAUCAUCGCUGGGGAAAGCUGGAACUGGCAAAGAAACACUAUGAGCUGUCUCUAAAGUUGGACCCUAAGGCUCCCGGUACAAGAGACAACUACAACAUGCUGCAACGCAAACUGAACCAGCUUAAACACGGCACACCCUGA